CCCGCAUCUCCUUUCAGCUGAACUUCUUCUCAAAGAGUUGCUUAUCUGACAACUUACAGCUUCUUAUUCUUAUUCUUGUACAACUGGACACAGCGGGAAUUAUCAUGACUACUACACAACGCGCCUUUGAAGCGGCGAUGCUUGAUUUUAAGGACAAGCUCAAAGACCAGAGCUUCUAUGACCAAAUUCUCCAAACGACUAGCAUCGAGCAAGUUUACGGCGAUAUCGAGAAGCUACAAGACAGGCAGGCGAAAUCCGGCCGUCUUCGCCACUUGUCUAAGAUCGAACCAUUUCUAGCUCGACUUCGGGAUUACAGUAGUGUCGUUGAGACGUUCGUGCAGGCCAAGCCCGAUAUCCUAGCGCUCAUAUGGGGCCCGAUCAAGCUUUUAUUACUCUGGGCGGACGUUUUGAAGCAAUCGUUUGAUGCUCUUGUGAAUACGCUGGAAGAGAUCGGGAACAUUCUCCCUGACUUUUGCGAACUGGCCGAAAUGUUCGCAGAUAACAAUCGCUUACAGGAACUGUUGGUGCUGUAUUUCCGCGAUAUACUCGAGUUCUAUCUGAUUACUACCACCUUCUUCAGUAUGCGCCGCCUCCGAGUUGUCUUUGAGAUGUUCUGGCCAAGCCGCAGAGAUCAGAUACAGGUCGUGGUAAAACACAUAGCAAGCCAUCGUGACCUCAUCAGAAGCGAAGUUCGUAUGGAAGAGAUACGAAGAGCGAACGAACUGCGAGACCGUGAACUACAACACUUCGUACAGACAGAGGAGAACAAUAUCGCUCAAGAAUAUGCUAGUCAUCGGGCACACAUUUCACCAAAGGGCUACGACGGCGACCUCUAUCGCUUCAGCGAAGCUGUUUGUAACGGUACCGGAAAAUGGCUCUUCCGAGAUCCAUCAUUCCAAAAUUGGCUUGCCGGUAAAGAGAAAGCAAAGCCAAUUCUAUGGCUGCGAGGUAUUCCAGGAGCCGGCAAGACACUACUCGCAAGCAGCGUGAUCAAACAUGCUCAGCAAUUGCAGGGUGCCCAUACUGUAUUCGCAUUUCUUACCUACCUUGACAGUAGCAUUUCCGCUCUUUCUAUCCUCCAUUCAUUGAUAUUCCAAUUAUCCUCCAAUUCUCUCACCCUUAAGACACUGUUAUGUCAGUCGGACCUGCAACAGUUGGGAAAUGAUUUCAAUGUUGCUGCAACUCUUUUCCAAACGCUCAUCCAGAGUGCAGGCGUUGUACGUCUCAUCAUUGACGGCCUAGAUGAGAUCGAUCCUACACAACGCUCGAGGCUGAUAAAGGAACUCGUGAGGCUGAGUGGCGAAUGUGAAGAGUGCCACAUUUUGUUAACGAGCCGUCAUGAAAGUGAUAUUUCGCGUGAUUUGGACGGAAAGGCCAUAAACAUACAGGUCGACCAAAAGAACGCCGGUAGUAUCCAGGUCUUCAUCAAUCAAACCAUGGGGGAGUGGUUCAAGGAUAGGGGAUUCGUUGAAGACAUUCGCGACCAACUCCAAGGUUGGGCUGCACCACUGGCAUCUCGAGCAAAAGGAAUGUUUCUUUAUGUAAAAGUUAUCUUUAGGAUAAUAUAUUACAUCAAUGAUAUCGGAGACAUUCAAAACCAACUCCAACAUCUCCCAAUAUCUUUGGAGGACGCAGUCUUGCAACAAAUCAACGCCUCUACAGACCCCCAAAGAAAGAAACUUGCUCUCUCGAUACUUGGCUGGGUCGGAUGUUCCCCAUCGCCCAUGGCAGUGAAAGAAAUCGAGCAGGCAUUGCUUGUUGACCCAGACCAUCUCUUCAAGCAACCUAGAGUUCAAGCGAAGGUCAAUGUUAUACAGGUCUGCGGCCCAAUCGUCGAUGUAGUCGAAGGUUAUGUGCAAUUCGUUCAUUUCACUGUCAGAGAAUACAUCUUCAGCCCCAAGAUCGAAAAUUACAUUCCCCUCUCUGAGAUGGCCCUUGACUUGGCUAUGCGCUGCGUCGUGUAUUUAUGUCAGGACCAUCACGACCCAGAUCUCACCGGGGAUGAAAUCGAUGCCAACAUACUUUGGGGAGCAUAUCGAUUGCACCACUUCUCAUCGAAAUUCUGGCUUGACCUAAUAAACCAGUAUCUAACCUUAUCUGGCUCGACAACCCUGCCUGUCACUCUCAUCGAACAGCUGAGGAUACUCCUCGAGACACGAUCCUCGGAGGGUCACAUCAAGAUUGAUCAAGGCGACAGUUGCUUACACCCAGUCAUUCUUGGCCUGGAGUCUCAAGAGCCUGCCUUGGUAGAGAUGCUAAAGAGUUGUACUGAGUUUCAGAAAUCAUCAUCCAAGUCAGACUUUCACCUCAAUAACCCGAACCAGUGGCUUCACACCAGUCCACUCUCCCUUCCCCAAGUUUCUAUUGCUCUCCAUGAGCGGCUCGACGAUCUUGUUGAACAGGGAUACUCCAGCCUGGAAUUAAUUUCUUACCACUAUGGACCGAAGUACUUAACAUGCGGGUUUUUGGGCUGCCAUUAUCGGCGUUACGGCUUUGAAACGAAGGCAAUCCGCCAAGCUCACGAAAAACAUCAUCAAAAGCCGUGGAACUGCAGUUACCCAGGCUGCCGCUAUGAAACCAGAGGGUUUAUCUCACGUAAGAUGAGAGAUCACCAUUUGAAAACCGGCCAUCCCCAUUCUGCAGAUCCUGAUUUGCCAGACCCGUCUUUCCCUGAGAAAUUCGAAGAUGAAGAAAUCCAACCUCUAAUGUUCGACUUGAUUGAAUCUAAUCAGGUUCAGAUUAUAACGUCAUUGACCCCUCGCUUGGACAGUUUGGAACGUUCGGUGCAGAGAGAGCUAUCAAACUACGCUGCGAGGAUGGGCUCUUCCUCAAUCCUGCAACUGUUUCACGACUGUGGGUUACUGACAAGGGCAUUUGUUAAGGGCAGUGACUUGGAGUGGGAUGCGUUUGGUGAUCUGGCCCAGAAUGCAGUGCGAAGUGAGAGUGUCAGCCUGUCCAAGGUUUUGCUCCGCUGGUGUGCUAUACUAGACUUACGGGUAAAAGCUAAGUUCAGAUUUCAACUAGCGACAAAGAAUAUCCUCUCAACCAUCAUCGCUGUGCAGUCCCAGGACCUCUUCGACUUAUGGAAACCGAGGCUUGGUAAUGGGUUCGGAAUCCCAGGUACGGCCGCAGACACUGCACAUGGGCUCGCGUUCCAGGGUGCUAUAGCCACCACUGAGAAUAUCCCAAACCGCGAACGCAUGCUGCUUGAGAUUUGGCAGGAAUUCAAGGUUCUGGAUACAAUAGCAGCGCGAGCACGGGAUAAGAUUCUUGCAAGUAUUGCCAGUUCAACCUGUUCUAUCAAUUUGACAAGGUAUGCACUGAACAAUGGCUGCAAAGUUGAUGCCCAGUCCAGCUACAACAGUUUAACCGCAUUGCAAAUCGCAGCGAGGAAUACUACGGAGCAAGCAGCAAAGCUCAUGGAGUUCCUGCUACUCCAAGGAGCAGACCCAGACAAGGGGACGGCAAAAAAGAGGAUCGGGGAAGAAAAAGGAGCACGGCAAAUUUCAAGAUGGUUGGGAGUGACAUGGGAACAGUUGGUUGAAAGAACUACAAAGAAACGUCACAGGAACGAGAAAGAUGAAAACUAGAAUGACAGUUCUUGUGAUACUCACGGCUUCAGUAAGAGAUUACUCAUGUCGCUGAAAUCUUCUUGUAGUAUAU